AUGAUGACACCACAAAAGAGCCUAUCAGCAGCUUUAAAUGCUAGAAUCAUAGGCUCAGGCAUUGAAACCAUAGUUUUUUGUCAUGGUUUUGGAGCAGACCAAUCCAUAUGGGACAAAAUCAUUCCUCUUUUAGCUGAAAAUUACAGUUUAGUUCUCUUUGAUUGGCCCUUUUCUGGGACUGUGACAGAUAAGAACCUCUAUGACCAUGCCAAGUACACAUCCUUUAAACCUUAUGCUGAUGACUUAAUCACCAUCAUAGGUGAGAUGGUCCUCAAAUGUGUCACUUUUGUAGGACAUUCCAUGUCUGCUAUGAUCGGUUCAUUUGCCUCCACCAAAAAACCUGAGCUUUUUAAGAGGCUCAUUCUUAAGACUGUAGUGGAUGUGGCCACUAUUAUUUCAAAUGAGAUUCACCAGGCUAUUCUGUCUACACCAUCUCCUACUGGUGUCUCAAAGCCUUUGGGAUUUCCGGGACUUAUCAUGGGAUUGUGCCAAGCUGCUAGUUCCUGA